AUGAGCAAAGUGAAGGAAUACAUUAAUAUAUCGGAUUUUCUUUAUAUGAAUAUAAAAGGUAUAAAUGAAGAUGAGAUUAAGACAAAAGAUUUUUCAUAUGAAAAAUAUUCGUGUGCAUUAGAAAUAGGAGAUAGUAGAUUAGACUUUGGAAUAAAAUCACAUAAGAGAAUAUCUAUAAAAGAAUGUGAAGAAAAAAAUUAUUUAAAUAAAGAAUUAGAAUACAAUGAUAUAAUAGUUAUAAUGGAUAAUUUACUACUACAAUUAGUAAAAUUGCUUAAUGGCAAUCAUCCAUUUUUGACAGUAUUAAGCUGUUACUAUUUACACAAUUCUAAUGUUAUUAACUGCAAUGAAAAAUAUUUCUUUGAAAAAGUAUUUUUGAGAUGGCUAACUUCUUUUUCUUAUGAUAGUAUGUAUAUUGAUAUUUUUAUAAAUGAUAACAAAGAAUUUAUAAAAUAUAUGAAAGAUAAUAACUUAAAUGAAAAUGCAAAUUCUCAGAAGGAAUUUAUAUUUUUUAAUAAAAAUGAAUGUAACUUAAUAUAUGAAGAAUCUUACAUAAAAAAAAAAAUAUUUUUUUUUUUUGAAUUAUUUUUAAUUUUCUAUUCAUGUAGUUUAGAGAUAGUUGAUUAUAUUAUAACAAAAAACUAUAUGAUACAUAGAGAUGAUUAUAAAUAUGGUAUACUUAAUUUAACUGAUUCAUUAAUUUAUCAUUGUAGAAAGAAUAGAAAAUAUGUUUUAAAAAAUAUGUUUAUCAUAAAAAGAUGUUUUGUUAAAUUUCUUACAAAAUUCGAAGAAAAAAAAAACAAAAAUAAAUUAAUAUAUUCUAUCUUUAACAGAAUUAAAUUUAUUAUAUAUUUUACAUCUAUUUUAAAUUAUAUUACUUUUGAAUUCUGCGAUAUCAGUAGUGAUACUAUAAAAGAAAAAUGCACACAGUUACUAAAUUGUGUAAACAGUAUAAAUAAAGAAUUAAAUUGUAAUAUUAUAAAAUAUGACAAAAAAACUAUAAAAAAAUACUUCAAUAAAUAUCUAUUAAUGCAUAAACUUGAUCAUGUUUCGAAACAUAUUACUAAAAUGAGUAUAGAUGAAUCAUACAACUUUUAUAAAAAUAUUAUAAAUGACAUCAAGUAUGUAGGAGAAUAUUUUAAGUUGAUUAAUGUGAGAUCAAGUUUUUUCGAUAUUAAAAAUAUUCUUCAUUAUAUUAAAUAUUAUUCUUAUAGUAACAGUAUUUUAACAAAAUGCAUAUCUUUAAUUUGCUUAAAGCAAUUAAUAAGUAAAGAAAAGAAAAUAUUUUAUGAUUUUGAGAAAGAAUUAAUAUUGAAACAAGAAAUAGAUGCUGAAUGCUUUAUUAACAAUGUACGAAACACAGCAGAAAAUAUUAAGAUUAUUUAUAGCAAGUUAGUAAAUAGAAUUCAUAAAAGUAAUAAAGAAUAUUAUAAAAAAAUUGAUAAUAAGAUAAACGACGAUAGCAGUAAAAAUGAUAACAACAUUGAAAAGAACAAUCAAAUCGAUAGUUACACAAAAGAAGUAUAUUAUUACUAUUCUUUCUUUUUAAAUAUUUAUAGAAAAAAAGAAAAAUGUUCCUCAUAUUAUGGAAUUCUAAAUGAUGAGCUAUUUAAUAGUAUAGAAGAAAACUUCUUUGUUAAUUUUUUUUUAUUUUUAUUUUUAAAUGAGUCAUAUAUAAUAAUGGAUGAAAUAGUUAAAAACAAAACAAAUCUUUAUGUAAAAAAUAUUAUUUUUAAUGAUUUGAAUUAUUUUGGUUUUUCUACACAUUUGCUUGUUUUAUUUAUGAAUUUUGUUCAUUUCCCAGAUACCUUUUUUAUUAUUAUAGAACAUAUAUUAAAAAUUGAUAAAGGAUUAAAUUAUGAAAAAAUAUAUGAAAAUAAAAAUUUUUUUAAAAAAAAAAAGUUUUCUACUACGGUUAUUAAUAAACUUCGAUGCAAAUUACGCGUAAAUUUUCCUCAUCUGAUAAAAUGCAUUCAAAAAGAAUCUUCUAUUAUAGAAAUAUACGAGGAACUAGAAAAGUUCAUUAAUGAAUACAUAUUUGAACUUGAUGAGGAUAUUAUUUCUAAAAGUGAAAAUAACAUUAAAGAGGAUAAUAGUGAAAAGGAUAAAGAUAAUAAUAAUAUUAAUAAUGAUAAUAAUGAUAAUAUAAAUAAAUAUGAUAAUAACAAUGAUAAUAAUGAUAAUAUAAAUAAAUAUGAUAAUAAUAAUGAUGAUAAUAAUACUAAUAAUGAUGAUAAUAAUAUUAAUAAUGAUGAUAAUAUAAAUAAAGAUGAUAAUAAUGAUGAUAAUAAUAAUAAUAUUAAUAAUAAUGAUAAUGAUAAUGAUGAUGAUAAUAUUUUUAAACAUGAUAAUGAAUAUAAUAAUUUCAUCAAUGUAACAAAAAAAAGAAUGAAAUUCUUAAUUCUGUGUAAAAUAUUUAAUUUAUUUUUUCAAUAUCUUGAAAUUGUUAUUAAAAAAAUUAUAAAUUUUUCUUUUUUAUUGUCAUCAAGAGAGCAUUCUAAAUUAAAUAAAUUUUACACGGAAAUGCGCACAUUAUAUAUUUUAAUGAAAAUUCUAACAUAUAAUUUAAAAUUAUAUAAUUUAAAUAAUGAAGCAGAAAGCAUACAAAAUUAUUAUAAAUGUAUUUUGCACACAGUAUUAAUUGAUUAUAACUGUUUAAGUUUAUAUAUAAGUUUGCCAUCAGAUCAAGAAUAUUCUUUUACUUAUUAUGUAAUGUCAGUAUGUUAUAAAGAAUUAUCAACUACAUUAUUAAAAAAUGUUAAAUUAAAUUAUACACAAGAAUUUAGUAUAUAUAUAUAUUCCAUGUUUUAUUAUAUAUUAUAUCUUUAUUCAGAAUUUCUUAUGGUAUACUUUAUUCAUGUUGCGUAUACAAAUAUAAAUUCACAACAAUUAGAGAAAUAUUCGUUUGAAUUGAAAUAUGUUUUAUGGGAUUUCUGUUACCCUGAUAUCAUAAAAAUUGACUUUAAUAAUUAUCAGAUGAAUAAAUCACUACUUAUUAAUUUUCUUAUAUCGAAAAAUUUAAAAAUUAAUUAUUCUCAUAAUAAGUUUAAUAUAGGUACUAAAAAAAAAUUAAAAAAUUUAAAUGAAGUAAAAGAAAAAUAUCUUAAUACUAAAAAUCUUGUUAAUAUGUAUUCUAAUUUAAUUAAAAUUAAUAAUUCUAUAAAAUAUAAAUUUCGUAUAUUUGAAAAAUCUUAUUCUGAUUUCGAUAUUAAUGCAUAUUUUAAAGAAUGUAUAAAUGAAAUUGCAAAAUAUAUAAAAGAUCUUACUAAAUCUAAAUAUGAUAAGUUAUAUUUCAUUAACAUAUUUUUAAAGUCAUGUGAAUAUAAUUUAUACAAAUCUUAUAAGAAAAUUCCUCCUCUUUGUAUUGAAAAUAAUUCCAUAUUUUUAAAUCCUAAUUAUAAAGUAGUAAAAAAUCAUUCAUUUUUUUUAAGUGUAGAAAAAAAAAUAACUAUAUAA